GUCUACAACUCACCUCCCCCAUACCCCGCGCAGGGAUUGGGUACAGUUGUUGUUGUAUACACAGGUAGAGGAAAGGCGGUCUACAUCUUAACCUCCCCUAUACACACACCGUGAGACCCAAAACCCGGGAUUACGUACUUACAUGUUUGACGAACUUUCAAAUCAUGUUCAUUCGGUUCAAACUUAAAACUAACCACCGUUAACGUUCGUCCACGAUACAGAGUCCACAAACACAAGACAAAACCUUUUUGAUAUUCUGCUUUAAGAUUGAGCUUAUUAGCUUCACCACAUCCUACAAAUUUGCUUAAAAGAAUUAGACUAGUCAAUUUCAUACGUCAUUACAUUUUAUCUUUAUUUCAUAUGCUGCUUUUGAUGGCCAUGCUUGUUGUUUAUGUUUAAAUAGAGUAUAUCCUUUGAUGCAUCAAUAUAUACCUCGCCUCACGACGCUUUUCUUUUUCUUUUUCUUUCUUUUGCUGCAGGAGGAUAAAAAUGGGGAAACAUUGAGCGAGAAUUCAUGCAUCAGCUCCAACACUGAUACACUUUCGCCACCGAGCAAGAAUUCAAGCAUCAGCUCCAACACUGAGCUACCUGAGAUGAUUACUAGAAAAAGAAAGAGGUCUCAUGGGGAGGAGGAGGAGGAAUCAAGUGGUACGUUCUACCUUGAACCACCAAUUUUUCACGUGGAUCUUCCUAGACCUUAUGGGGUGUAUCAUGACCACAGCCACGACCGCUGUGGCCUGAACUAUCGUUAUGCUGAGGACGACGACGAUUACUUUGAUUUUUAGGCACAACUACUGUUUGGUACUUUUCAUUCACCCCUUUGGUGCAUCUUAUCCUUAUGGCAUGUGUCUUUUAUAUACAGUAUUUCUUUUUAUCCAAUUCACUGUUGAAUGCAUAUCAAAGUUUGAGACA